CAACGCAUUUUGAAAGUUGGUGAAUUUUUUAGGUUUAGGGCCUUUUUGAAGGCCCUGAACUCAAAAUCCCUUGUCAAAAAUCAGUUACUGCACGGGAAAGAAAAAACAGGAAACAGAGACAAAAAACAAACCGCAAAGCAAAUACGCGAAGGAAAGCACCCAAUUUGCCACAUUCUCCACCUCCCACUGAGCGCGCGCCAUAGCUGAUUAGGGUUAGGGUUUUCAGCUCUAAAUUCAUCUCCUCCAGAGAACCAAGAAUGCGUCGUCCCACGUGCUGCCACAUAUCCCUAGCUUUCGUGCUCAAAUUCCUCAACUUUCUUCAAGCUUUCAUCGGAGUUUCAAUCUUAGUCUACUCGGCAUGGAUGCUCAACCAGUGGAACAAUAACAUUCCGAUAGUCCCACAACCUUCAGCUCCUUCGCCAGAUUCUUCGUCUUUCUCCUCCCUCUUGUUGAGCUCCGAAACGGCCAAGACUUCUGAUCAGAUCACCCCGUUGAAUUUUGCUGUCCAUUUGGUCUCUGGGUUCGACGAGGAAUUGGGAUUGAAUUCAUUGAAGCUUCCCGCGCCUUGGUUUAUCUACUGUUUUAUGGGAUUGGGCGUUUUGAUCUGUUGCAUUACUUUCAUAGGUUGUAUUGCAGCUGAAGCAAUUAAUGGCUGCUGCCUGUGUUUUUACACAAUACUUAUAACAGUACUCGCUCUACUAGAAGCAGCUUUGGUGGCAUUCAUUGCAAUUGAUCAUCGUUGGGAAAAGGAUCUUCCAUUUGACCCAACUGGUGAACUUGACAGUCUUCGAUCUUUUGUCCAAGAUAAUAUUGACAUCUGUAGGUGGGCUGGGCUCGCUGUCAUCGUAUUACAGGCUUUAUCUCUACUACUAGCAAUGGUUCUGCGAGGCAUGGUUUCUACUCGCAAAGCUGACUAUGACGUUGAAGAUGAUUAUGAUUUUAGGGGUAGAACUAGGGAGCCAUUGUUAAAUAACCAGUCAAGCCAAGCAUCUGGAUCAACCAAGGGUGAUGGGAGAGGGACUCAUUCUGACAUUUGGAGCUCACGGAUAAGAGAUAAGUAUGGGUUGAACACUGUGAACCAGAAUGCAUCAGCAAGUACGAAAUCCAAGCAGUGAAGUUAGUUGAAUGUUUUCCAUCUCACAGAUCAGGAAAAUCGAUUGGCAACUGCCUCUAAUUUCCAUUGAUACUAAAAUGUAUAUCAAUUUUCCUUUGCUUCAAUCCUUUUCUCUUCUCUUUUCUAAAUGUUGUGUUGGAGACAAAGUUGGGGUUUAUGUAUGUAUAUAACUCUUCAAAAGUGUGGUUGCUUGUUGCCAGCUUUUGCCUUGUAUCAACUGAGCAUGUUUCUGGUAA